AAUAAUCUAAACAGAGCGGUUGUGAAAAACAACAAGCCGCGACUGGAGUGUUGAAGGGACAGAACGGACAGAACACAAGUAACAAAAAAAUCGCUAAAAAAAUGACGGGUGAGAAAGAAGAAAAUAAGGUCUUUCAGAAAGUAAAAUCUGAAGUUAAAAUGAAUAUUUUGGAUGAGAAUUCAAACGUCUUAUCAGAAUCUGCAGUUUCUCCAAUGACUGUGUUUCAAAUAGUAAACUAUAACAAGACAGAUAACAAGAUAAAAGAUCAAUGCGACACCAUUGAUAUUUCAAGGUGUGGCUUAUGUGGUAACAAGGUUAUGAACAGCUCUGAAUUGUGUGAACAUUUAAACAAAAAACAUUACUUUUAUUUGAUGUUUUCAUGUCCAAUUUGCAUGUUAAGUUUUUCCUCUUAUAAUUCGUUGAUUGAACAUUCAUCAGCGCAUAAAUCAUUGACAUCAUCAAAGAGAUUUGCCAAUGAAAUUCCCAUAUGUGGCAUUUGUGGAAAGGCUUUCUCAGAUAUCAAAAUGGCUAACAGUCACAUUUUGAACCACUACUACUACAUUUGUCUAAAAAAGCGUCCAUUUCUUUGCUUACAUUGUGAAACAACUCUGUACGGUGAACAAGAAUUUCUUCUACACCUUCAACAACAUUGUAGUCAAAAGCGUGAUGUGCUGACAUAUGGUGAGCAGUUAUACUGUGAUAUAUGCAAGGAAUUUAGUCCUGGGUACAAUGCUUUUUUGUCACAUUAUAAAGAUGUUCACAGUGAUGUUCGGACCUGCCAUGUUUGUUUAGAAGAUGUUGCUGAUUCUAAAGAAUAUGGUGAACAUGUUUUAUGGCAUGUUUUCAGAACCGAAAAGAAUGAAUUCCGCUUCUUUUUAUGUUUUAUUUGUGAUUUAUAUUUGCUUGGCAUAACUUCAUUUCAUGAUCAUUUUCGGAAGACUCACGUGCAAAUAAAAAAGUAAACUUUCAAUUUUAUAUAUUCAGAUGUAGUGAUAUGUAUAUUUUCUUCAGCACCAUGUAUUUUUAUGGAUAUUUUUGUUAACACUUUUAACAGAAUAAAGUUUUAUGUUGCAUAUGAUUUUUAAUGAGAGGAUUAAGCAUUUCUUACUUUUUGUUGACAUUGUUUUGUUAUUUUUUUAUAAAUUUUGUUUUCCUUUUUUUUAUGUUUUUUUCCAAUUUUAUAUCUUUAGCACUACUUCAAUUUUUUAGAUGAGAUCCUUUUUAUAUAUAUAUAUAGUUUUAUAUUUUGUUAUAUGUGCUUUUAAAAGUUUUUGUAUGUUUUAUUGAAUGUUUUGUUUAUAUAACCAUGUAGUCAUCCUUUUAAAAUGGGCAGGUUAAAAAGUAUUUCAACUGGGAAUCCAAGGUAACUUUUUUGUCAUGUUUAUAUAAAAUUGUAAAAAUCUUUUGAACAAAGCCUUCUUUUU